AUGGACGCUGGUGAGCGCUGGAUGGAGGGCGAGGACGUGGCGGAAGAGGAGUUGCGCCUGCUGGAGGCCAUGGCUAACGUGUCCACUGCAAUGCAACAGUUCAAUCAGGUGCUGGCCAAGCUCAAUCGACAGACCGUGGAGCUGUCCAAGGAGUUGGGAACGGCGGAGCGGCAGUUGAACGCGCUGUACCUGCCCUUCCAAGCCGCUAUUUAUGAGAUGCAGAGCUCCACCAACCGAAGACGAACAACGCUGUCAGUACCGACAGUGACGUCAGUGGCAACACCCGAGGCGCAACGGACAGAGCUUUGA